CCGGGCGAGGAGUGCCGCGGUAAUUGGCUGGAUGUGGUACUUGGAGAUGUUGAGCUGGCUCCUUCCCCCCAUGUCCCUGCACACACACAGGGGCGGGUGGUGCGGGCGGGAGCGGGAGGCAGGGCUCAGCCCCGGCGGUGGCGGGGCUCCCCCAUCCGCCUGCCUGCCCGCCGCCGUGCCCGAUCCGCUACUGUUGCUGGGCUGCUGCCUGCGGCCGCAGGACCCGGCCGAGCCGGCCCGAGGGGAGCGCGGGCGGCUGCUGGCGGCGGCCGAGAUGAUGGCGGAGGGCGGCGGCGGGCCGGCGCGGCGGAAGGCGCUGUCGCUGCUGGAGGCGGCCCGCUCCCGCUACGAGAGCCUGCAGAUCUCCGACGACGUCUUCGGGGAGUCGGGCCAGGACAGCAGCGGGAACCCGUUCUACAGCACCUCGGCCGACUCCCGCUCCGCCGCCUCUUCCCAGGACGAGGAGGACGACGAGGAGGGCGAGGGACGGCCGGAGGGGCCGUGCCCGCGGAGCAGACCGGCACGGCGUCGCGUCCCCAGGCCGGCGGCGGCCCCGGCGGAGCGGCGGCGGCAGCAGCAGCGGCAGGCCGGAGGCGGAGGCGCGGUGCCGGGCGGCCCCGGCCCGAUGGAGGAGGGGGAGGAGGAGGAGGACGCGGAGACGGGCGGCUGGACGCGGUCGCUGCGAGACGUCCCGCCGCCUCGCUUCAAGGAUAGCAGCGGUCCAACACGAAAAAUGCCCUUGACUGCCAGUGCCAUGGACUUUUUUCAGCUCUUUGUCCCUGACAACGUACUAAAGAACAUGGUGGUACAAACCAAUAUGUAUGCCAAGAAGUACCAAGAGAGAUUUGGUAGUGAUGAUACCUGGAUUGACGUCACCUUGACAGAAAUGAAAGCUUUCCUAGGCUAUAUGAUAUCAACCAGCAUCCACCACUGUGAGUCUGUUCUCAGCAUAUGGAGCAGCGGCUUCUACAGCAACAAGAGCAUUGCACUUAUCAUGACACAAUCACGGUUUGAGAAGAUCCUGAAGUACUUCCACAUUGUGGCCUUCCGCUCGAGCCAGACAACGCAUGGACUCUACAAAAUCCAGCCUUUCCUGGACUCUCUGCAGAAUGGCUUUGACUCUGCUUUCAGACCUUCACAAGCCCAGGUUCUACAUGAGCCCCUGAUUGAUGAGGAUCCUGUUUUCAUUGCCACAUGCACAGAGAGGGAGCUGCGCAAGAGGAAAAAGAGGAAAUUCAGCCUCUGGGUUCGGCAGUGCUCAUCCACUGGCUUCAUUUGCCAGAUUUACGUCCAUCUCAAAGAAGGCAGUGGUGCUGACGGGCUGGAUGCUUUGAAGAACAAACCACAACUGCACAGUAUGGUGGCCAAAAGCCUUUGUCAGAAUGCUUCUGGGAAGAACUACAUUAUCUUCACUGGCCCAAGCAUUACCAGCCUCAAUCUCUUUGAAGAAUUUGAGAAGCAAGAGAUUUACUGCUGUGGGUUGCUGAGCGCCAGGAAGAGUGACUGCACAGGCCUACCUCCAUCCAUGCUGAACAACCCUGACACUCCCCAGUCCAGAGGACAGUACAGAAUAAGAAUGAAGGGAAACAUGUCCUUGAUCUGCUGGUACAACAAAGGGCACUUCCGUUUUCUGACUAACGCCUAUUCACCGGUUCAACAAGGAGUUAUAAUUAAGAGAAAAAGCGGAGAAAUUCCAUGCCCUUUGGCGGUUGAAGCAUUUGCUGCUCACCUUAGCUAUAUCUGCAAAUACGACGACAAAUACAGCAAGUAUUUUAUUUCUCACAAACCGAACAAGACCUGGCAGCAAGUGUUCUGGUUUGCCAUCAGCAUUGCUAUAAACAAUGCCUACAUCCUCUACAAAAUGUCAGAGGCCUACCACGUGACGAGGUAUAGCCGUGCACAGUUUGGUGAAAGACUUGUAAAGGAGCUUCUGGGCUUGGAAGACACCUCACCCUCCCAUUGAUGCAAUGUUCUUGGUGGCAUAGGCAGGAGGUGGAAGGUAAGCAGAAGAUAAUACCGCACUGGGAACAGCAAAGCAAGGAACUUCUGACACCACCAGUGCUGUCCUUAUCCAAAAACACCAAGUGAUGCCACUAGAGAGGUGUAAACUUUGUUCUUAGUAGCAGCUGGAUGUAAACAUGUUCCGCAGAAAGUGCCACAAGAAAUGCUGACACAGAAUUGCAUAUGUGAAUGCCCUGUGGGUAUCUGUACACUGGAAAUGGACUUAAAUUAGUUAUCUCUCAAUGCUAUUUAUUAAACAGGGUCAUCUUGUAAGGUCUCGCUUGGGCUCAGUGCUUGUCACAAGCUGAGGUAGCUCAGCAGUCCCAGGUGGAUAUUGCAUAGAACUCUAUACCUUAUUUGGAGUUAUUCAAUUCUGGGACAAGUAAUGUAAGUCUGCACUGUGGGCUGUGGUUAAGAGUGCCAACCACCUUGUAGGAUUUGUUGCUGUCCUCACAGAGUGCUAAAAGAAGCAGUUCCGAGACACCAACCCCAAGCAGGCAUACUGACAAACAAAACCUUUAAGGCAGGCAGCCGGGAACUGAGAACUGGUUAAGACUUUUUUUCUUUCUUUUUUUUUUUUCUUUUUAAAGCAUAAGGCAAUUUGAUCCCCCGUAGAACACAGCAAGAUGAGAAGAAACCAAAUACAUGAGUACAUUUAAAAUGGAAAAACAUGACAUUGAUUUUUCUUUUUUUUUAAACCAAGAUGAAACAUUUUAUACGUGAACAGUGAGUGAAGUAAUACUGCCUCAUAUCUUAACUGCCACAGUUGGUAUACAGAUCAGAAAUAAGAGCGUAACAAUCUUAUUUUUUUCUUUAUUUCAACUGUCUUGUAUAUUGUUUUGAAGUCUAACAUAAUGGACUGUUAAGUGUGUAGCAAAAACAGUUUGUUUAUUUUCCUUUUGUAAGUGUCAAGACUUUUCAGUCCAUUUUUGAACUUCAUUUGGGACACAGUUGGUAGAAAGAAAAUAAUUCACUAAUAGCUGUGUUUCACAUUAUCACUGCAGGAUGUUCUGUAGGAAUUCUUCUCUCUUGAACACAGGGCUUGUUGCAGAAGCUGUAAUUAAGCAGAUUACUUGUUUAUCAAAAUAACAUAGCACUGUGUUUUGCAAAAAGAAAGAAGUCCAGUUGCAGCCAGAAGUUAAACAUCACUAAAAUAGAGUAAACCCAAAGAGUUCUCCUGUUCUGAGUCACACCGUAGAGGACAAGCAUUGUCAUGUGCUGGUGCCUGUGGCUGAGCUGCUAUGGUUUGGCGUUGGUGGAAUCUGAAGGCAGUAAAGCUUUGGAAAGCAGUGGAGAUAGGGGAGGUAUGGAUGAAACAGGAGAGAACUGAAAUACUGCCCUGCCCUCUACACAUUAUUGAUUUCGGUCUACAACUCAAUCGCAAAAAAGCCCUCUGUAUUCUAAAGGUUAGCAGUGAUGGAAGCAGACAGGAUUGUAUUAACUUACAGGGCAUAAACCGUGUUGCUUAAAGGACCAACUGAGUUUCAGUCUCCAAGCUUAGCAUUUCUUGAGAAGUUUUACCGAAGAGUGACUUGGGUUGAUUCAAGAGGAAUGGAGCGACCAAUUGAUUUCUUGAUCGGUAUAAACCUCACCAGUUUGUAUGUAUCUAUCUGGGUUGAGACUAUAAAGGGUCAUGAACAUGAAUUUCAGAACUCCCUGAAUUCCAUUGCUGUGACCAUCAGAGAUGCCAAGGCACUGCAAAUGCAUAUUGUGUAAAUCAGCAGGGGCUGGUAAGUUACUGACUGGCCCUAAGAGAAUCCUUGUACUGACAGCUUUCUGUUUCCACCAACGUCUUGAUUUUUGGAGUAAACUUAGGCAGAUCUCACCUUGUUGCGGGGAAAGUAAAGGGACAGCCAAUGCCCCAGUGGUUCUGCUUGCAGUACAGCCUGGAGACUACACCACAUGUCCUGCUCUGCCUGCCAGCCACGAGAUGACAAACUGCAGGUUUCUUAAGCGCCCGUUUUCACUUCUCAGUCCACAGCAUCUCCAUCUUGGAAAACAGAACAGCAAAGGUUACAACCGUGUGCACUGGAGGCCUCAGAGCCCCAAGAGGAAGGGGAGAGUUUGUACCAUUGUAUGUCAUUGGCAGUGCUAGGCCAUGGAGGAGCCUGAGGAUAAGUUCAAAUCUCCUUGUCCCAGCAGGGAAGGGAGACGACCAUUCUGCAGACUGAAUGUGUGGUGUGGCUGUCUUACCUGUCUUCUAAAUAUCCAAAGGGGGAGAGAGGCUAACGUGAGACAUGGAAAACAAAUGUCCAGCCCUCGGUUUCCAUUUCUUAAGAAACUCCACAGAGAUACCUAAAAGCAAAUGGCGUUACUGUUGCGAGCUCUCUGCUCAGGCAAUGCCAACCUUCAUUGUGACAGGAUGAGUAGUGGCAACUUCAUUAUGCCUUUUAAGUUUAUAUGGGGGCCAGAGUCAGGGCAGUAAAGAAAGGUGUGACAGGAACUCUGCAGGUCAAACAACGAGCAUGAACAGUAGCUGCUGGGAGCCCAGCUUCCUUCCAUUCCCCUGCGAGGCCUGAGCAUUUGCAAGAGGCUGAUGCCCCCAGCAGCAACGGAGAGGCUUGCAGGGCCUCCUAGGAGCUGCUUUGCAUGUCUGAGGAGCAAGCACAGCACUCUCCAGCUAUGUCGUAGCCCCUUCAGAUAGAUCUGGAGCCCUUUGCAAAUUGUGACAUCAUUACUGUGUAUGCUUGAAGGCCUGGAUCUAAGCCUUCCCAUUUAGAAAAUGCCUUUUCUUUUUCAGGUGUCAGUAGGUCCAAGGCUUUGGAACAUUGAGUUUUUCUACUAACUUAGUUAUGUUGUUAAUUAUAUGGAUUACUUGAGCUAAAAUGACGAGGUCCUAGCUUUUUGCCUCAGGGACUGGGUCCUGAGUAGUUUUCCCUAGAAUUGGUGUUGAUGGGGGAUUACACAGUGGCUGACUAUUACAGGGAAGAUGCUUUAGUCUCCUUUUGCAAAGGAGAAAAAUUUAAACAAAAUUAUAGCUUUGCAAUGAAUUUCAUUUUCUUAGCCUUAACCAUCCCUCAUCAUUUUGAACUGGUGCCCUAAGCAUGCACAAACAUUCCAUAAGUAAGCAAAAAUAUAUAUAUUUAUAUGUACAAAAUGCCUGAAUUUUGGCUCUUAAAGCCAAGAAGCAGAACCCACCAAAGCAUAGUUUAUAUCCACAGAUAACUGUUCCACCUUAUCUUCUCCAUCUGUUGACUGGGAGUGGAUAGGGUUGAGGAAAGUUAGGAUUUCUCCUUGUUGAAAAAGCAUCUUGCACUUUCUCUAAAUUACUACAAAAAAAAAA